AUGGGUCGUCCACAUACCCCUUAUGGUAUGAGGGUGAAGCGAGUCGUCCCCCAUACUUUAUCCGAAAAGAAAACAGUGAUUACGCAAAACAGGAAUCAAAAAUGGUCUCAUCGGAGGCGUUUUGUGAAAUUCCCCGUAGCGGCAUCGCCGGACUAUGCCGGUGUUUUCCGGUCAAUUGUGAUCACCGGUCUUUUUGCUCUGAUUUCGUCGCAGUAUGAUGUACAUGGUGACCUAUUAGGCCUCCUGGGGGCCCAUCCAGUGACACCACUUGUAUCACUUCAUCACAUUGAUGUUGUGCAGCCGAUAUUCCCUGGAAAGACACGGCUGAAAUCACUGCAGCACUUACUUGGAUCUGCUGAGUUCGACUCAGCAAGCCUAAUUCAACAAUCCAUCUGUUAUGACUCCGACAGGUUAUGGUCAAUCUCAGUAUCCUGGGGCUUUGUGGUGCAAAUUAUAAGGGGAGUGAUCUCUCCUAGGGAGCUUGAGAUGCCCUCAAGAACAUUCCUGAACUGGCAACUGAGAGCUGAUUAUAUAACCUAUGCAAUCAACACCAGGCCUGUGGCAAGGCAUCCUUGUCAAAGACCAUUCAUUUUCUAUCUGAACUCUGCUAGAUAUGACAAGGCUAAGAAACAGACUAUUGGAUAUUAUUCCCUUGAUAAAACUCGCCGGAUUCCUCACUGCCGGUGGAGAAUGGACUCCCCUGAAAGGAUUAAGUCUGUAGUAGUCUUGAAGAGACCAGAUCCUCUUCGUUGGCAGAAGUCGCCAAGGAGGGAUUGUUGCAGAGUUAUGCCAUCACACACCAACUCUACGCUGUACUUGUGGGUGGGAAACUGCCGAGACAGGGAGAUCAGUGAAUUGGUCCAGCAAUAGGAUCCAUACUUUUGUUUGAUUUUGCUUAUGCUUUUCAAGAUUCAGGGAGCAGUACAGGAAGAAUGAAAGCCAAGCAUAUAAACGGAAACAGAACUCAGAAAAUCUAGUUUUGAUAGCCUUAGUUUAAAGCAGAAGUUCCAUAGAAGCAAAAUUUUGAAGCCAGAGAACUAAUUAUCUUUUCUAUGUAAAUUUCAUACGAAAACAUUGACAAGCAACAAUUAUCUCCACAAACAAUUUAGUUUCAUAAGCUCUUCACCUCAUCUUAUAUUAGAUUCUUAGUAGUAUCUCAAGCAAACUAAUUUUCUAUUCUACUG